CUGAGCCAUUAGUUCACUGCUCUGCCUUGCAGCAACGGUAUCUUCUUAGCUCGAAUAAAUGACUUGUACGUUUGAUAAACGUUUUGUCCUCUUCAUCACAUUUGUGCUGCUACCAAGCUAUGUUUCAGCAAAAUGCGAAAAAGUGCAGAUUCCAUUUUGUGAAGGGAUUGGCUACAACAUGACCAUCAUGCCAAAUCAUCUGGGCGACGAAACUCAAGCUGAAGCAAAGUCGAAUUCUGCUUUGUUCAACAGUUUGGUUGGGACAAAGUGUUCGUCAGAUUUAACUUUAUUUCUUUGCACAAUGUACGCACCAGUGUGUACUGAAACACGUUUACCGCCAUGUCGAUCUCUGUGUGAGAACUCUCGUAAAGGUUGCGAAGAGAUUAUGAACAUGUUUGGCUAUAAAUGGCCGGAUCGUUUUCAGUGCAACAAGUUCCCAGUAGCCGGCAUGUGUGUGGCACGAAACACGCGCAACUCGAACAAAGCUGCCAGCAAGAAGAAGAAAGUGGGAAAAAAAGGUUCAAGACGCAAGUCUCGACGCAGACGUUGUGCUAAACAAAAUGCAGGAGAAAAAGUUUGUUGUAGGCUUGGAAGAAGAGCUGCCAAGAAAGGAUACUAUUGCAACUGGCUGAAAAAGAACACUGAAAACAAAUCAGAAAAGGCCAUUCGAUUUCGAAAGAACGUCAUCAAAAAAUGCUCCUUGUAUACGUCAUGUUUCCGAUCGUGCUGCGACACCUACCGACGAAAACGACGAAAUAGCAAACGAAAGGCAAAACGUCUAAACAGGAAAAAUUAAAAGAACGCAAUAAAAUCACUUGUAUACUAAUAUACUAUGAUUAAAUUCAUUAUAUUACGAUUUUUGGGGAAUAAAUGUACAGCUUAAAACUUAAUACUGACGUAAUUAUGAUGGACUGAGAUGAAAAUAAAUAUAUUUGUAAACUUGA